AUGAUUGAGACUCUGGCCCUUGACCUGGUCGACCUUCACUCCUUGUUCCCCUCCCGUGCAAGCAUGUUUGAGUUCCUUUCCUUCAUUGUUGAUUAUUUCGCGCCGCUCUUCGAUGGCUUCUCCCUCGACAUUCCCCUCAUUAUGCUUGUCGCGUCGAUUCUGAAAGUGUUCUACUGGUUCGGAGCGUACUAUGACACUUCUUUGCUCAUUCAGGCUUGUCUCAUGCUUGUCGUGCAGACGAUCCUGCUAAAAGUCGCAUUGGACAAUAGACCUUCUUCAGCAUCGAGAGACGGCGUCGCCCACAGACCGUUUAGCUCUUACUCAGCAGACAGCAUUGUCGAAGACAUUCUUGCAGGCAAAAGACCUUUGAACUUCUGGAGGUGGAACACCACGAAACCAUACUUCCAGUUCCUAGCAUACAUGUCCUGCACGUUGCUCUUUAUUCACGUCCUACUUCCUUUUAUCUCGAGAACACCUUUCUAUAUAUCCCUUAUAGGUUAUACUGGGCUUGCGAUCGAAGCCUUCUUACCUGUGCCACAAAUUUUCAAGAACCACAACGCUAGAUCUUGCAAGGGCUUUCGCUUGUCAGUCAUUGUUAACUGGCUAGCUGGUGACGCCAUGAAGAUGAGCUACUUCUUCUUGAGCAAGGAAUACGUCCCUUGGCCUUUCCGACUGUGUGGUAUCUUCCAAGCUUGCUGCGACUCGUACCUGGGAUUACAAUACUACAUGUAUGGCGACGGUUCGAGGUACAGAUCCAUGGAGAUGAACCAGAUGGGCAAGCCACCGAUCUGA